AUGGAUGUUGAUAAACGACCUCCACUCGAGGGUGAUGAUGCUCAGUUGGCCGCUUUGGGUCAUAAGCCUGAGUUGAAGCGGCAGUUUUCUACUUGGGCGAUGUUGGGUCUGGCCUUUGCUGUGUUGAAUUCGUGGACUGCUCUUUCAGCCAGUCUGUCGAUUAGUCUUACAUCGGGCGGGAGUACGAGUGUGAUCUGGGGUCUGGUUACCGCGGGCUUCUGCAAUCUCUGCAUCGCGACUUCGCUAGCCGAAUUUCUCUCGGCAUAUCCUACGGCGGGUGGACAAUACCAUUGGGUGGCAGUCAUCGCUUGGCCCAAAUGGGUCCCCAUACUCUCCUGGAUUACAGGAUGGAUUAACGUUGCUGGAUGGGUUGCUCUCGUGGCCACCAACUCACUUUUAUCAAGUCAAUUGAUUGUGGGAAUUAUUUCUGCUAUGCAUCCAAGUUACGAUCCUCAGCGCUGGCAACAAUUCCUCAUCUAUGUCGGUCUAACCCUCGGGGCAUUUUGCAUUAAUGCUUUCGGCAAUGCUAUUCUGCCCACCAUCUACCGAGGUGCUUUCGCUUGGUCAAUUGGUGGCUUCGCGGUUGUUUGUAUCACGGUGCUUGCGUGCGCUUCACCUGAUUAUAACACAGCUAAAUUCGUUUUUGCCAACUUCAUCAAUACAACAGGAUGGCCUGAUGGUGUUGCAUGGCUCCUGGGAUUGCUCCAAGGAGGACUCGGUGUUACGGCCUUUGACGCUGUUGCUCACAUGAUUGAGGAGGUUCCUAAUGCCUCCAUUGAGGGGCCCAAAAUCAUGGUCGCAUGUGUUGGUAUCGGCACCGUGACCGGUGCGAUCUUUCUAAUUGUCCUGCUAUUCGUUGCCGGCGACAUGGACACGGUCACCACUUCCGCUGCGGGUCCCCUCCUCCAAAUUCUCAUCGAUGCUACAAAAAAUAAAGCAGGAGCCAUUUGUCUCUUGAUGCUUCCCAUUGUCUGUUUGAUGCUUGCUAUUCUCAGCGUGAUGACUACAAGCAGUCGAAUGAUCUUCGCCUUUGCACGUGAUGGUGGUCUCCCUGCAUCUCGAUUUUUCGCUACCGUGCAUCCUACGCUGAAGCUGCCUCUGAACGCCCUCAUUUUGACCGUUGUGGUCGUUAUCUGCUUUGGAUGCAUUUUCUUGGGUUCAUCCAGCGCCUUCAAUGCUAUUAUCUCAGCUUCCGUUGUAGCCCUCGAUCUAUCAUACAUGAUGCCCAUCCUUAUCAACUGCCUGCAAGGACGCAAUGCCCUGCCCGAGAGAAAAUGGAAGCUGCCUAAAGCCGUUGGAUGGUUCUGCGAUAUCGUUCGUCUCCCUGGCAUAUAUUAUUUUGACAACCGUGCUUUUCGUCUUCCCCCUUCCAAAACAGUGACUGGAAGCAGCAUGAACUACUGUAUUGUUGCUUUCGCUGUCAUCAUCAUCAUCUCCGCAUUCCAGUGGUUCGUAGAUGGCCGGAAGAACUACACCGGUCCACGAAUUGAUCUGGCAGUGGAUGGGUUGGAAACCACGCCUACGCAUGAGUCCGAGCAUACUUACCACGAGAAAUAA